CCGUGGCAACACAACAGCUUUUGACAUGAAGCUGCUAAUCAUUCUAUCGGUACUGGCGUGCAGCUAUGCUGACAAGUUGGACAGGACCUACUUGCCUCCUGCAAGUGCUGGAACUGCUGGCGGAAGUCCUGGGGCUUUAACUGCCCCUAGCGAGCCUGGAUUUGACCUUCCUAAAGGUCCUUCUUCAUUUGGCCAGCCUACUUCCUCUGGAUCUGCUGGAUUCGGCCUGCCUAACGCUGGACAGUCUGGAUUUGGUCAGCCCGCUCCACAGUACGGUGCUCCUACUGGUGGUGCUGCUAAGCCUAGCCAAGGUCCUUCUGGAUUUAGCCAGCCUGCCUCUCAAUUUGGUGCUCCCUCUGGUUCAGGUUCAUCGCCUGCCCAAGGUCCUUCUGGAUUUAGCCAGCCUGCCUCCCAAUUUGGUGCUUCUUCUGGAUCUGGCUCAUCGCUUGCCCAAGGCUCGUCUGGGUUUGACCAACCAGCUUCACAAUAUGGUGCUCCUUCUGGAUCUGGCUCAGCACCUGGCCAAGGUUCCUCUGGAUUUGGACCCUCAGCAAACGCCGCUCAACAGUCUACUCAGUUCGGAGCAGCCAUUGGCAGCCCAGUUGCUGGACAGGACGCGGGAUUGGGCUUCGGAGCUCAAGAUGUGAAUGCGUACACUGGUCAGGCCCAACCUGAACGCGAACGUGCUUCGAUUGACAGGAAUGCCGAAAUAUUAAAAUACGAAAACCAAAAUGACGGAGAAACCUUCUCGUACAGCUUCGAGACUUCGAACGGAAUUUCUGCUGAAGAAUCUGGUGUUGCUACAAACGGUGUCCAGGCUCAGGGAGCUUUCGCUUACACUGGUGACGAUGGCCAGGAGUACAGAAUUACUUACACUGCUGACGAGAACGGUUAUCAGCCUCAGGGAGACCACCUGCCUACUCCUCACCCCAUUCCUGAAGAGAUCCUGAAGUCCAUCGAAGAAAACGCAAGGGCUGCUGCUGCUGGCACGCAAGAAGGUGCUUACAACCCUGAAGAAGACUCUGGACCUUCAUCCCAGCAAUACUACGGUGGUGCUUCUCCUGCAUACCAGGCUCAAGGUCAACCUGGUCAGUCUUCUUCUCAAUAUGGCGCUCCUGAUCAAUCCGGACCAACUGGUUCCUCUGCUUCUCAAGAUUUCUCUUCUCAACGUGGACAAGGACCUGCCUCUCAGUAUGGUGCCCCAGCCCAAUCUGCUCCAAGUGGAUCAACUCCUGCCUCUGGUUUCUCAUCCCAAAAUGCUCCGUCGUCUGCUUCCCAAUAUGAUGCUCCUUCUCAAUCUACUCCUGUAGCAUCAGGUCCUCAAGGCUUCUCAGCUCCACGUGGUCAAGCCAGUCAGAGACCUUCUCAAUACAAUGGCUCUGCCCAGUCUGGACUUGCUGGUUCUUCUGAAUCUGGAUUCCAAUCUCAGCGCGGACAAGCUCCUGCUCUUUCCUCGUCCGGAGCUAAAGAUUCUUCUCCAUUCGGUGCAUCUGCUUCUGGUUCUGCUGGAGCUUUCCAAAGUGGUCGUGAUUCAGGUUAUUCGUACAAAGCUCCUAGUGCGACUCCAUCCGGAGCUCAAGGAUUCCCAUCUCAAGGAAGUCAGGCACCAGUUAACCAAUACAAUGCCCCCGCAGACCGAACUCCCUUCGGAUCAAGCAGACCAACUGGAUCCCAAGGUUUUGCUUCUCAGAGCAACCAGAACGCCGCUUCUCAAUUCGGAUCUUCAGCUACUCCUGGAGUUCAAGGUAGCCAAGCCCAAUCCAACCAAUAUGGUGCCCCUGCUACCUCAGGAUCUUCUUUACCUUCUGGUUCCCAAGGUUUCCAAUCCCAGCGAACUCCAGUUAACCAAUAUAAUGCACCUGCUUCUCCUGAAUCCAACGUGUCCCAAGGUUAUCCUUCCAAAGGUAGCCAAGCUCCUAUCCCCGGGUUUGGUGCCCCUGCCUCUUCUCCUUUAGGUUCUACCAGACCGUCCAGACCCCAAGGUUUCUCAUCUCAACCAGUCGGAAACCAAGGUUCGCCCGUCGCUGCUAUUGGACAAUUAGGAAACAAUGGACCUGCUGCGAGACCACAAGGACAGUCAGCUCAAGGUGGAGAUGAUGGAUAUCAAUACAACAGACCUCAGGCUCAAUUCGGCGGAUCUGGCCGACCUGGACAAUUUGGUCAAUCAGCGCCAGCUCAGGGUCCAGCUUACUCUAGACCUACUCCUCAAGGAUUUGGACCAUCCAGACCUGCAGGUUCUGCACAAACUGGCCAGUCUUCCUCUUUUGAUAAAGCCCCUACGUCAGGUUUUGGACCAUCAUCUGGCUCAGCUGGCCCUACUUCUGCACCUUCCUCUUCUCAAAACGCAAGGUUCCCUGUAUCAUCUAAUGACCAAGGAUAUCCCAGAGGGCCAGUUGGAUCACUUUCUGGUAACGCCCCAUCUAACGCAGCUCCUAGUUUCAAUGGCCAAGGCUCUUCUUUCAGGCCAACUGACUCUGCUAACCAAUACACACCUAGUGCCAACUCUUUCGGGAUUCCUAAGCCCAACAAUGUGGCCGGUCCAGUAUCCGGAUUGAACGCCCAGGGACCAUUUGGAUCUCAACGACCAAGCUCUGCUAUGUCCGACGAAGGUUACGAAUACAACCGCCCUGAGUCAAGACCUCAGGCUGGUCCUGCUCAGGGUGCCCAAGGCAGUUUUGGUCCUGUUGGACAGAACAGGCCUGGAAUUUCUGCGUCUCAACCUAGCUUCGGUGCCUUAGGUCAAAACAGGCCUGGACAGGCCGGCCCUCAGUCUAGCUUCGGGCCUUCUGGACAGGACAAACCUGGACAGGCUUUCGGAGGACCUCGCCAGCCCCCAAGCUUCAGCCCUGAAGAAGGAUACAGAUACUAAACCAAGGAUAGAUUAAUUAAUUUAUGAUAAGUAAACAAGCAAAUAGAUAAAAUCGAA